AUGGCAUUCCGUGUUCCCACACCAAACAUGUCUGUAGUGGAUCUGACUGUCUGCCUGGAAAAGCCAGCUAAAUAUGAUGAUAUCAAGGAUACCGUUAAGGCUGCAGCUGAAGGACCCAUGAAGGGAAUCCUUGGCUACACUGAAGAUCAGGUUGUCUCCACUGACUUCAAUUGA